CUUCGGUCACCCAAGAAACACAUUACUCCAAUAGCUUGUCCAUUGGUAACAACUCAAAAAAGGAGAGGAGUUUUCGCUUCCCUUUUGCAGACUCCUAUCCAUCUCUCUCUUUUUUUUUGCGCGGGGGGGGUGGGGGGAUAGAAGAGACUCCUUUCUUGGACUUUUGGCCAAGAUCAAGUGGAGACUCCUAUCCAUCUCACAAGGCAAUCCUCUGUCUAUUUGUCCCUCUUUCCUAUCGUUUCAUAGAAAUGGCACGGUCAAUGCUCAUAUUGGCGAUCGCUCUAGCCUUCAUUAGUUCGAUGGUGGAUGCUGCAGUUGUCGAGCACACAUUCCAUGUGGGAAACCUGACGGUAAGACGGCUGUGCCGCAGCAAAGUGAUCACUGCCGUGAAUGACCGAUAUCCGGGGCCAACCAUAGACGUCCACGAGGGUGAUACCUUAGUCGUUAAUGUCAUCAACGACUCGCCUUACAACAUUACAAUCCACUGGCAUGGCAUAUUUCAGAUACUAAGUGCUUGGGCCGACGGGCCAAAUAUGAUAACCCAAUGCCCGAUACGACCCGGGAAGAGCUACAUCUACAAAUUCACCGUCACCGGCCAAGAGGGCACCCUCUGGUGGCAUGCCCAUGCCUCGCUCCUCCGAGCAACAGUCUACGGUGCUCUCCUCAUCAGACCCAGACAAGGCACCCAAGGCUACCCUUUCCAUCAACCCGACAAGGAGGUUCCCAUUCUACUCGGUGAGUGGUGGAAUCCGAACUUGGUCGACGUGGCGAAUCAAGCCUUUCUUACCGGCGGCACCCCCAACGUUUCCGAUGCAUAUACCAUCAAUGGAAAACCCGGUGACCUUUACCCAUGUUCCAAAAAACACACCUACAAGCUUGAAGUGGAGGAAGGCAAGACCUACUUGCUCCGAAUCAUCAACGCUGCACUCGAUAAUCAGCUCUUCUUUAAGAUUGCCGGGCACCACUUCACCGUGGUAGCCGCGGAUGCUAGCUAUACCAAACCCUACAAGACUGAUGUGAUCGUCAUCGCCCCGGGCCAGACCGUGGAUGCCCUCAUGGUCGCCGAUGCAGCCCCGGCACGCUACUACAUGGCCGCCCUCCCCUAUAUCAGCACCCCCAACCCACCUCCCCCACGGCCAGCCUUCGACAACACAACCACCACCGGCAUCGUCCAAUACAAAUCCGCCUUGCCAUCUUUGCAUCCCGUGAUGCCGACCAUGCCCUCCUUCUUCGACAAUGCUGUGGCCUUCCGCUUCUUCUCCAAGCUAACCGCUCUCUGUAGGACUGAAGACCGCACCGUCCCUCUCCACGUCGACGAGCGCAUGUUCAUCACGGUUGGGCUGGGCCUCGUUGCUUGCCAGCCCACUCAAUCGCUGUGCAACCAGACUCAGGGAGCACUCGCCGCCAGCAUGAACAACGUGUCCUUCCAGUUCCCCACCACCAUGUCGCUGUUGGAGGCACACUUUAAGGGUGUGAAGGGGGUUUACACGGCCGACUUUCCCCACAAGCCACCGGUGUUCUUCGAUUUCACGAACGCCUCUGUGAACGCAGUCCCGGCGCUGCAACCCUUGAUGUUCACGUCCCAGGCUACCAAGGUGAAGAAGAUCAAGUACAACGCCACGGUGGAGAUGGUGCUGCAGGACACGGCGAUACUGGGGAUCGAGAGCCACCCGAUGCACCUCCAUGGCUUCGACUUCUUCGUGGUGGCGCAAGGGUUCGGAAACUACGACCAAGCCGCCGCGGAGAAGAGCUACAACCUGGUGGACCCACAGAUGAGGAACACCAUCAGCGUUCCCACGGGCGGUUGGGCCGUCAUCCGAUUCAUCGCCAAUAAUCCAGGUGUAUGGAUCAUGCACUGCCACCUGGAUGCCCACUUGUCGUUGGGGUUGGCGACGGCUUUUGAGGUGGAGAAUGGACCCACCCCGGAAUCCACCCUCCCCCCACCGCCUCCGGAUUUUCCCACUUGUUAGAAGAAGCCGAAGAAGGCCGCGGACAGCUGGGAAUCAAGGAAAGAAGAUCGGAAAAUUAAGGCCGAACGUUUCAUAAGUUGCUUUUGUUUUGAUUCUAUUGAUUGUUGCAUCUGUCAUUCCUUUUCUUUUCUCUAGCAUUUGAUUUUUAUCUGUUUGGUUAGAAAAUUCUCAUUCCAUUUCUGUUUUCUACUUACUAAGUGCACGAAAGAUUAAUAUACAGUCCAUUAUUCGAAUUAGAUAUUUGGCCUACCAGCAAGCAAUGUUUUUCAUUCCUCUACACAUUGGAGAUCUCCAAACUGCAAGCUUAUUCAUUUCA